AUGGCUUUCAAACCCGCACUUGUCAUUGUCGAUGUGCAGGAGGAUUUCUGCCCGCCAAACGGAUCGCUAGCAGUAGCUGGAGGCCGCGACAUCGUACCGCUGAUUAACAAACUCCUCGACCACCCCUUCGCCUUGAAAGUAGCCACCAAAGACUUUCACCCUCAAGACCACAUUUCCUUCGCCUCCAACCACCCUGCGCCCAACAACAAACCCUUUGAGUCGAUCAUCACAAUUGUGAACCCGCACAACCCAGAAGAGAAGCAGGAGACGCGGUUAUGGCCGGAUCACUGUGUACAGGGCACCAAGGGUGCAGAGCUGCUACCAGAGCUACACGUCAGCAAGGUGCAUCAUAUAGUUGAGAAGGGACAGGACAAGCGCGUGGAGAUGUACUCGGCAUUCGCAGACCCUUUCAAGAGCCCAUGUGUGGCCAAGAGCGGCCUGGCAGAGACACUGCGCAAAGCUGGCAUCACAGACGUCUAUGUCGUUGGCCUGGCGUCUGAUUACUGCGUCAAGCACACUGCCAUUGAUGCGCACAAGGAGGGCUUCAAGACGUGGGUUAUCGGUGAGGCGACGAGAGCGGUCGAUCCCGCGGCCAUGCCAGAAGUUCACCGAGAAUACGAGCAGCUUGGAGUGAGUGUGAUUGACAAGGAUGACGCACAGUUGCAAAAGGUCAGGGACCAGCCCAAGACAGGGCACGACUAAAGCGCAAAGAAUGUGGAUGAGGCUGGGGAGAGCGUGUUGGACUAGAACAGCCACACCGCAACGUCAGCGCCACGCUCUGACAUGCACACGCACCCACAGCUGAAUAUUCGUCCACAGUAGCAGUAGCGAGCAAAUGGCUCUAGAUGCAUGCUGAAGACGGCUUGCGUCAUCACAUGAUGCAGCAAGGUCAUUGCUGGCGGUCAGCAGCACGGCAAGUCAACUGCCACAUCAUGUACAGUACCGCAGCGGAGUCGGUUCUCCCGGAAGUAUGAGGAAGCGAGCUAGGCUUCGGGCGCCUGAUGUCCCUGAGGUAUCCCACAAAAGCCCCACUGUCUCGUACCCGCGAGUUCCAUAGAACCACUGCCAUCGUAUUUGCAUUACCAGACGUGCUUUUCA